CAGCAUAGGACACUAAUCUCCUAUACAAGUAUUGACAAAGGCAGAGUAAAACUUCAAUCACACAAAGGAUUUAUAGAGUUACAACUAUGAGCACCUCUGGGUAUAGAAAAGGGCUUGGCAAGCAUGAAGAGAUUGAAGAAGAUGAACUUUUGGCCUCACUUACCAGCGAGGAGCUCCAGGAGCUAGAGAAAAUAAUGGCUGAAAUGGAACCUGAUGAGAACAUACCCAUUGGGCUACAGCAAGAAGACCAGACAGCCAAAAAGUCAACGGGAACAUUUUGCAGAGGGUCGUUGCUGAAGUACUGGGAGGACGAGACUCAAAGAUUGUUAAAGGACAGCAUGGAUGAGUGCCAGACAGAUAAGUGCGAAGAGGAAUGUGCCAGUGAAGAGCCGGAGGAUAAUAAAGAAAAGGGGGGUGACAGGGUGAAGCAAGCUAGGUCAAACAAAUGGAAUUCUGUGGAGCUAUCACGACUAGAUAGCGAGAGCGCUCGAAAAUAUAAUGAUGCCCCCCACUACCCUGUUACACUGGACGGGUCAAGUUGUAACCCCACUGAUAUCGAUAAGACUUUAGAGCACGUAUUGAGCAAUGCCACUUCCUUGACUGAAGUCAACCUUAACAAUGUUGAAAACUUAUCCCAAGGUGUUUUGGUGGGCUUUGCUGAUGCCUUAACCUCGAACACUCAUGUUGAGGUUUUCAACCUUGCCAACACCCAUGCAGAUGAUCAAGUAGCUUUGGCCUUGGCCAAAAUGCUGAAGGCGAAUAGUAGCAUUACCAGACUUAAUGUCGAGUCCAACUUCAUUUCAGGCAAAGGCAUCUUAGCUUUGAUUAAGUCACUUCAGUAUAACAACACACUGACUGAGCUCCGAUUCCACAACCAGAGACACAUCUGUGGAGGCCAAGUAGAGAUGGAAAUGGUGAAACUGCUAAAGGAUAACACUAGCCUAUUGAAACUAGGAUACCAUUUUGAGUUACCCGGCCCAAGGAUGAGUGCAACUGGUAUAUUAACCCGCAAUCAGGACCGCCACAGGCAAAAGCGGCUCCAA